GUCGGUCAGUAACAUGCUGCUGUGGUCCUUCCUGGGUUUGAUGAGCCUCUUUUCACUCUGCAGAGGUCAGCUGAGCCAGUGUGAUGACUUCACCGACCUGCACUUCCACGAGUCCUUCAUGGGCACCAACCUGUACGUGAAGCUGCUGCUGUACACCCGGGCUAACCUGGACUGCGGCCGUGAGCUGUCUCACCUGAGCACGACAGACCUGCCGCUGUUCAACCUGACGCGCCCCACGGCCUUCGUCAUCCACGGGUACCGGCCCACGGGGGCGCCGCCCAUCUGGGUGGGCCACAUCGUUCGGCUGCUGGCCGCCCAGGACGACAUGAACAUCCUGGUGGUGGACUGGAACCGCGGCGCCGCCAACCUCAACUACUUCACCGCCGUGGCCAACACGCGCAAGGCGGCCGAGAACAUCACCGCCUUCAUCCAGAACAUGCAGGAGAACGGCGCCUCGCUUGGCUCUAUCCACCUGAUCGGGGUCAGUCUGGGGGCUCAUGUGGCAGGAUUUGUGGGAGCCAUGCUGAAGGGCAAGAUCGGGAGAAUCACAGCCCUUGACCCUGCUGGACCCCUGUUCUCGGGAACCCCCCCAGAGGAUCGGCUGGACCCCAGCGACGCCCAGUUCGUGGACGUCCUGCACACUGACACUGAUGCUCUGGGCCACAGAGGUGCUCUCGGUCACAUUGACUUCUAUGCCAACGGGGGGGCUGACCAGCCCGGCUGCCCAAAGACCAUCUUUUCAGGGAAGUCGUACUUCGUGUGUGACCACCAGCGCUCGGUCUUCCUGUUCCUCUGCUCCCUCAACAACAGCUGCAACAUCACCGCCUACCCCUGCUCCUCCUACCAAGACUUCCUGGACGGUCGCUGCCUGCAGUGCGAAUCCUUCAAGCCCGCCACCUGCCCAAUCGUAGGCUAUCAUGUCAACCAAUGGAAGGACUCUCUCCUGCGUCUAGGCCAGACGAAGGCAUACUUCUCCACCACUGCCGAGCCACCAUACUGCAAGAUGAACUACAAGGUGGACAUUGUGACGUGGAACCAGUACACGCGCUGGGGUGUCGUCAUCAUCAAGCUGUACAGCGGGAGGAAGGUGCUGGAGGCCAAGAUUGAUCAUAAACUCUCCAGGUUCGAGCAGUACACAGCCACCCGCUUGCUGGCCCAGUUUGACGAGGACCUGCAUCCCAUCCAGAAGAUCACUAUCUGCUUUGUCACGGGGAACGUGAUCGGGCCUCGCUACAAACUGCGUCUGCUCCGCAUACGACUUACACCCCUGGAGCGCCCCAACAGGCCGCAGCUGUGCCGCUAUGACAUGAUCCUGGAGGAGAACAUGGAGGUUUCCUUCAGGCCCAUGGCCUGCGAGGAUUCUCGCAUCUGA